AUGAAUCUCACAAAUUCAAGUAUAGAAUAUCCGCCUCCACCACUGGCGGGAGCAUCAUUUGCCAAAACCGCGAUACCGUAUUCGAUAUGUUUUGUUUUCGGAACUCUCGGGAACACUGCUGUUCUCUCCUACGUGUUUUUCAUCACGAGAUCCCUAAAAUCGUCAGUGACUGCUCUCGGGAACACAUUCAUCUACAUCGUUGCCUUAUGCGCAGUUGACCUUCUUGUUACAGUAUCUAUCCCAUUAUCACUAUCCAACAGUAUCCUGAACAACUGGGUUUUCGGAGAACUCGCAUGCAAGAUCCACUGGAUGCUUGAGCUGUCUAAUAAGAUGUGCUCGACAUUCAUCCUUACUGCAUUAGCGUUCGAUCGAUACAUGGCAAUUUGUCAUCCGGAAAUCAAGCGAAUCCACGAGAUGCGUCAUACAAUUUACAUUACGACAAUUCUUGCAACAUUGUCAUUUUGUCUCAUCUCUCCGGUCGUUUUAUCGGCACGAGUCACAAGUUUCAAUAGGAUGGGAUACUACGUUAGCACAAAGAAUGAACGGCACGAGGUGAUCCGCCAAAUGUGCACUGACGGGAUGACUCGUGAAUGGAAGCUUUGGGUUUCGGCCUUCCUUAUCUUCUUUGCAUUCCUUUUGCCAUGCACUCUUCUCACCUACUUUUAUGCCAAAAUCGUGCUUCGUCUAAGAAGACAAAGAAGAACAAUGCUGCAAUCCCGAAUCCCUCUCCGACGCAUCACCAUAUACACCAUGGCUGCCACGUUCUUCUAUCUAUCAUGUCAAAUUCCGUUCUGGAUUCCACAAACCUACGGAGUCCUCGCCAUCGUUCUCGGCUUCAAAGUCAACCCGAGAUUCAUGACAUUCACCUAUUAUACCCAUCUCCUUCCGUUCAUAUCUGCUGCCUUUAACUGGAUUUUCUAUGCCCGUCUCAAUAGUCAAUUCAAAAAAGGACUCGUUCUGGUGACUGAACGGAUGAUCAGAAAACGGACAAGAUCGUUGCAUCAGAGUGAUAAGGGGUACAGUGAGGCUGCCGUAGAGUUGACUGGGAAGUUCGACGAUGUCCCACUGAUGUGUCCUCAUUGUGAAGCUCAACUUUCCAUUCGGUCAAGCAGCAAUGGGAAGAAAACUUCCAGAUGA